ACAAGUGUAACCUUCCGUUACCAACAAUCGAGUAUGCACGUGAUGUUUGUCAACAGAUAACCUCACACAAACACUUACACGCACGUCAAGGGCAACUUGUAUUUGAAACAGUUCAUGUAUUAAACACAUUUUUUUCGUAUUUCCAAGAGUCAAAUCUUAGAUCAGUUCUAAACCAAUCUGUCAAAUUAAAGUUAUGUGAGCAGAGGAUGGUGAGUAGGAAGAACACAGUAGUAGUGGAUUCACCCGGCACCGACUCGAUUGCAAUAAACAACACAGGGUUGCGGCCAUCAUGGGAUGUAUUUUGGGACAUAGAGAUGGGGGGGUUGAUGGGGGAGAUGACCCCUUCACUCCAUGGAACAAAGAGUACCCUAAGUGCGAAGUCGGGGAAGUCCGGGAAGCACGUGCAGUUCGUGACCGGAUCUUCGUGGUUGGGCGAGUGGGACAAGGUGGGAAUGUGUGGAGCGGGCGUCUAUAAGAUGCCUCAUGGCGUUACAUACGAAGGUACAAUAAAUGCAGGCCUUUUCGAAGGAAUCGGAGUUCUGAAGUACCCCAAUGGCGGCGUACUGGAGGGCUUCUGGUACGGCGGGAAGCUGAAGUACUAUCAGUAUGAUUACGCUGACGGCCUCAAGCGAGAUGGCAUACUCGUCUGGCCUUACUGCAAGGCGCCGGACAGAAGGUUCUACUCAGAGAUACUGCGGGGACUGCGGGCUGGAAACACGGAACAGCUGACACAUAAUGAUUCACCUCGUCCUAUUCCACCAGGACAUUACGACGUAGGGGACGGUUUCUAUAGCCCCCACACUAAGUGUGUCACUGAUGCAAACACCGGCGAAAUACUUAGGAUUCCCACAGCCGUUGAAGAAAAAUGGAUAAUAGAGAAUUGCAGAAUGGCCGAUACAGAAGUGGUUGGUUAUUGCCCAGACUUGUACGAGAAUUGGUUUGAAAACAUUCCGCAAGAUACCAUCACUCACGUUUAUUCAGAAGAGGAGAAAGAGAUUUUGGAUCUGAUUCUUCAAGUCGGCCGAGAACUAGACAGCUGCACCACUGAUUCCAGUAGACGGGCAACAUUCUGGAGCCUCCAGUCCAAACAGGAGAGUAUCCAAGAGCAGGGGAGUGGAUCUUCAGCUGUGAUAUCUGCGGAAUUCGAAGCAUUUCUCAGAAAGAUUGUCAAGGUCUUGGAAGAAACCAAACAGAAGUUAUCGAUGAAUGAUGAUACUGAAGAAGUAAAACCGUCUAAACAACCGCGUGAAGAGGAUAACGAAGAACUUGUAAAACUGCUCAGUGAAAUCACUUCUUGCCAUACCGAAAAAGGAAGAAUUUCCAGUGACGUCAAAAUGAUUCCAACAUGCUCAUCAAAGGCGGUGAAGAAGUCUCUCACACAGAUAUUCUCGAAUUUGUCCUCCUUCACUGGAAAUAGCUCCACCGAAAUGUACCAUAGCAUAUCUCAGCAAAUGAAUGCCGCGCUGGCUAAGCAGGAACUGCCGACCGAUGCCAGUCAGUUCAUGGGGUCUCAGGUCCGCUAUAGAAUUGAUUACACUGAUUAUGAUUCCACCCUUUCAUCAAUCGUUGAUGAUGCAAUUAACAAAUAAGACAGCAAAAGUUAAUGUUCGCAUUGAAUGUGAAGUAUUAAAUUAACAAUUGCGGACUA